AUGCUUUCGGGAGUAGCUCUGAUUACAGUGGCGGGCUCUGGCUUUGGCCAGAGUGCCGCAUACUCGCUGGCCCAGCACGGCGUGCGCCAAUUUGCGUUGUUUGACACCAACGGGGCUGGGCUGCACGAGACGACGCAGGUGCUGGCCACCAAGUACAAUGUAACAGAUGUCCUGAGUGUGUCGACUGACUGUAGCACCGAGGAGAUGGUCGAGGCUGGCGUCGCUCAGGCGGCGGCUCGCUUCGGCCGUAUCGACUUUGCUAUCAACAAUGCUGGCUUUGGUGGGCCCAUGGGGGGCAGUCCUGACUCAGCACCUGCAGCUUUCGAUACCCACCUAAAAGAGAAUGUGACAGGUGUGUGGCUAUGGCAUCGGGCUGAACUGCGACAGAUGCUGCGGCAGCAGCUGCGCGAUGGGCGCUACGGUCGUGGCAGUAUCGUCCACGUCUGCUCGGUACAUGCGUUUGCAGCAUCGCCGAUACAGCUUGCCGCCAGUGCCUACGUCGCUGGUCGGCAUGCUAUCCUAGGCCUCACGCGCUCAGAGGGCGUGCUAUAUGCGCCACAGCAGAUACGCAUCAACGCCCUCUGCCCAGGCUACAUUGCGUCCCCUCUGAUUGAGUCUUCAGAGCACAUCAAGACCCUCGUCAGUAACCUGGUCCGUGAGCGUGUGCCUGCAAAUCGACUUGGGGAGCCGGAGGAGGUUGCCGAUGCCAUUGUGUUUCUGGCCAGCCCCAUGAGCAGCUACAUGUAUGCUCAGUCACUGGUGCUAGAUGGGGGCUACCUCGCACGGUGAAAUUUCUAUGGUAUUGAAGAGUUUUGAUGUGUUUGAAUGCUGUAUAUAAAUUUGCCUCUGGAUGUCUUGAGCACUUAAUAUUAAGAUCAGAAACAAGGGCAGAGUAGUUUACAAACGAAGCAUAAUUCCGAAUCCAAAAACCAGUAUUUGAC